AUGGAUUAUUAAUUACCUUCUUUAGCAGAUCCCUUAACAUGGGUUUCAUAUAGCAUUUUAGGCAUAUUAGUCGGUUUAUCAUAAGCUGGUGGUAUUGGUGGUGGUCCCAUCAUAUCUCCAGUAAUGAUGGUUUUAUUAGGAUGUCCAAGUAAAAAAGCUAUUUGGAAUACUUACAUAAUGCUAUUAGGAGGAAGUCUGGGUAAUUUCUUAAGAUUAGGUAAAGAAAGAGUAAAAUAUUAUAUUUAUUUUAUUUUAGACUGCUAAUGGAAGUGCUCCAUUGAUCAAUUAUUAAUUGGUUCAAAUUACAUUACCAUUGUUAUUAGCUGGAGCUAUUUUAGGAGUAGCUACAGGUAAAUGGUUGCCUAAACUAAUCAUUGUGAUCUUUUUAUUUGGUAUUUUAUUGACCGUCUUUUUAAAAACAAAAAGUUUAUACUAAAAAACUAGAAGCAGAGAAAUGA